AUGACAAAGAAGAAUGUACAACGGGAUAUACUUUCCAUGUUUGGAAAUAGUAUCUCUAAGAAUAGCAAAAUAAAGAAACCAAGUGUUACCAAAAAUACUCCCAACACAAUAUCAAAAGAACUCCUUAGACAAAAUCUAAACAAUUCGAAUCCCACUUUUGCAAGCAACUGGACUAUAAAACAGACUUUCUUGAUUCAAAAUAUUUCAAUCAAGUAUGGCGACACAAAGGCAGUAUCAUUGAUCAAAGUUGCAGCAUUUGAUUUAGAUGGAACUUUAAUUAGUACAAAGUCUGGUGGUACUUUUUCAAAAGGUCCCAGUGAUUGGAAAUGGUGGAAUGAUAAAGUGCUAGAUAAAUUGAAAGAUUUGUAUAAUAAUAAUUAUUUGAUUGUGAUAUUUUCUAAUCAGGGUGGUGUGGUGGCAACUCCAUCAAGCAAGUCUUACUUGAAUUUCACAGCUAAGUUGAAUAGUAUUGCUGAGGAGCUAAAAGCUCAUAAUAUCUUGGAGAGAAUACUGAUAUAUGCAGCCCCCAAGAAGCCAUCUGUUAAAAGCAGGAACAGCUCUAUCAGCACUAUCAGUGAGGAGAUGCACGCAAAAAUGAGAAAACCAGAAACUGGUAUGUGGGAUACAUUCCUACUUGAUCUAAAAAAGAAUGGCAUAACACAGGAUAUUGAUUACAUGGAUAGUUUUUUUGUUGGCGAUGCCGCCGGACGAAGCAAGGACUUUCUGGAUAGUGAUGUUUUAUUCUCUAAAAACAUAAACUUAAAAUUUAUAACCCCGGAGGAACUAUUUACAUGA